UUAGAUAACAUGAAAAAAAGAUUUUAAAUAUAAUUUGUUUAGUUGUCUUAAAAUCAUGAACAGCAUUAGAUUAUUUAUAAAAACAUCGUUAGUAAAACGUCCAAUUAUUACAAAUUCAAUUAUAUAUGGAACCUUGUGUACAUUUUCGGAAUUUUCACAACAAACUUUAUCCAAAAAACUUUCGCAACCGAUAGAACCAUAUGACACCGACACCAUUGUCAAAUAUGUCAUUUAUGGAACCGGGAUAGGUGGUCCGUUGAUAGCAACUUGGUACAGAUUUCUAGAUAAAAAAUUUACAGGGACAACAUUAAAAAUUUCAGCAAAGAAAUUACUCAUUGAUCAGUUUACUUUUACAGCUGGUUUACUAGUAGUGUUUUACACGUCCAUGAGCAUAAUGGAAGGUAAAAAAGAUAUUUUCGAAGAAUGCAGGCAAAAGUUUAUACCUACAUUUAAAACCAGUUGCUGUUUUUGGUUACCGGCCCAAUUAGUGAACUUCAUGGUGGUUCCAGCGGUUUACAGAGUCACAUAUAUCGGAGUAUGUUCAUUUGUUUGGAUCAAUAUUUUAUGUAUGUUAAAAAGAGAACAGGUCGAAAAAUCGGAUUAG